AUGUCUGCUGCUGAUCCUUCUGUAGUUGCGGAUUUGGGUACUGCUCCUGCUUCUGCCUCCAAGGAAGAGGAGAAGAGAGACGAACCUGCUUUUGCACCUAUACCAGCAGCAGCUACUUUGGGUCCUUUUGGUGCUGUUGGUGCUCCAGUUGAUAGAGCUUAUGUAUUUCCAUGUCUACCCAGUGGGCAAAAUCUGCCCGGACAUACUAGCCCGGAAUUUCAACAAGAUUCGUGCGGGUGUCGACGUGGUGAUCCAGUUGCUGCCCUCAAUUUCAUUAGAAUGCAAGGAGUAAAUCUGGCGGGAAAUUAUCCAUUUGCUGCACACUUACAAAGUGAUACCAUAAUACCCGAUCAAUUUACGAAGAUGUCGGUCAAAUCUGUGAUUGAUCUGAGGAAAUUGUCCGACGAAGACGUGCUAAAGGAAUUGAGGACUCAUCCAAUUGCCGGCACGAUUAAAGCCACCUUGAGCUUUAAAGAGCAUCGCGGAGGGGGAAUUUUUCGUGGGGAAUCUGACAUGGAUUGUGAUAGUCAAGAGGAGGGGCAUGUAAUAUUAAUCCUAGGCAAGGGGGUAUACAACAAUGAAUCGUACUACGAGAUCAUGAAUUCAUAUGGCCCGGGUUGGGGUGAAAAGGGUUUCGGCCGAGUAUUAUGUUCAUUGGUAAAACCAAAUAGUGCCUGUAAGGAUGUGAUUGUUACGCCCGAUACUUCUGAGGUUCAGGUUGUGGAUAUGGAGAUCUAA